AUGGACCCUAUAAAUGAUCCAGUAGUUAUAUUACUUGAAACGCCUUUUAGGCGUUGGAAUAUCAUUCAUAAAAAUGAUUUUGUUAGAAAAUCACUUGACAAAAAAGGUGGCAAAAUUAAUUAUAUUUCUUUAACAACUGAUGGUUGGACAUCAACAGCAAUUGAUUCAUAUUUAACAUUUACUGCUCAUUAUUUUGAUGAUAAUUGGAAAUUAUGUAGUGUAACUCUUUCAAUUGAAGAAAUACAAGAAAGUCAUACGGCUGAAAAUUUAAAAGACAGUAUUAUAAAUGUUAUAGAGUCUUGGAAUUUAAAUAGUAAAAUAACGGGAAUUAGUCAUGAUAAUGCUGCAAACAUUUCAAAUGCUGUAAAACUAUUUUACGAUCAAGAUAUUUACUCAAAUCGUUGCGCUGCUCAUACACUACAAUUAGCCGUGAAUAAAUAUUUAGAUUUAAGAACAUAUCGUCCUUUAUUAAAAACCGCGUCAAAAAUUGUUGCUAGUUUUCGACAAUCUUCUAAAAGAACAUAUGCCUUAGAAAAUUAUUUGGUCGAGAAAGAGUGCAAAAAACUUAAUCUUAAACAAAGUUGUCCUACACGUUGGAAUUCUACUCUGGAUAUGUUAGAACGAUCGUUGGAACUUCUUUCAGCUGUAGUUGUCAUUAUGUCUGAUCGGACACUUUUUAAUAGUAAGAUCGCGAAAGAUCAAGAAUUACUUGAAGAAGACUGGGAAAAAAUAGAAAUACUUGUUACUUUAUUGAAACCAUUAAAAACAGCAACAACAGUUUUAUGUGCUGAUCAAAAUGUUACUAUAUCAAUAGUUUUACCAAUUGUUAAAAGUCUUAUUGUCAAGCAUUAUAAACCCAAUGAUCUAGAUGAUUGUAGAUUUUCAACUCUUUUCAAGGAGUCUAUUAUUCAUGAACUAUCAACACGUUUUUCUGUACAAAUUGAUGUUAACAACGAUUGCGAAAGAGAAAUUAGUAUUACUCAAAUAGCCAGCAUACUCGAUCCUAGAUACAAAAAUAUGUCAUUUGAAUCUUCCGAAAAUAUUAAAAAUCGAAUUAAACAAAUAAAAAACGCACAACACUCGAUGAAUUACUUGAAGAAGACCCAAAUAAUGAUACCGAGUUUUCAAGCAUCUUCUGCUUCAUCAGAAAGAGUUUUUUCAGUAGCUGGUAAUAUAUUAUCCCCAAAACGUAAUAGAAUUACACCAUGCCAUUUGUCAGCCUUAGUUUUUUUGAAACAA